AUGGGUCUCGAGCUGUACAUGGACCUGUUGUCAGCACCCUGCCGCGCUGUCUAUAUCUUCGCCCGGAAGAACGGCAUCCCCUUCAACUUCCAGUUUGUGGAUCUGCUGAAAGGUCACCACCACAGCAAGGAGUACAUUGAGAUAAACCCCCUGAGGAAGCUGCCCAGUCUCAAAGAUGGAAAAUUUAUCUUAUCUGAAAGUGUGGCCAUCCUCUCCUACCUGUGCCGAAAGUACAGUGCACCUUCACACUGGUACCCACCAGACCUACAUACACGUGCCCGCGUGGACGAGUUCAUGGCCUGGCAGCAUACGGCCAUUCAGCUGCCCAUGAGCAAGAUGCUAUGGAUCAAGUUGCUAAUCCCGAUGAUCACGGGUGAGGAGGUGUCAGCCGAGAAGACGGAGCAAAUCCUAGAAGAAGUGAACAACAACCUUCAGCUCUUUGAGGAGAAGUUUCUGCAGGACAGGAUGUUCAUCACAGGGGAUCACAUCUCCCUGGCCGACUUGGUGGCCCUGGUGGAGAUGAUGCAGCCCAUGGGGGGCAACUAUAACGUCUUCCUCAACAGCCCCAAGCUGGCUGAGUGGCGCAUGCGAGUGGAGCUGACCAUUGGCUCUGGCUUGUUCUGGGAGGCCCACGACCGGCUAGUGAAGUUGGCAGAGUGGGACUGCUCAACGUUGGAUCCAAGAGUUAAAGAGAGGAUCUGUGAGUUUCUGCAGAAGUUCAAGUGA